AUGGUUCGCGCAGUUUUUGGAAUUGUUGUGUUGAUGUUGGUUGUGAUGACAUUCACAUUUGCCUCAACACCACCAUUGCCGUGGGGUGUACCUGGGAUUAAAGAAACACUAACUACAACGCAAAAGCCAGAUACCCAAGAUGCCUGUCCCGAGCCCACUGAGGAAUUGAAAGCGUGCAUGCGUAAGUGGGCUUGCCAAUACUUGAUACGUCUCGAUUUACGUUGUCUGCUGAACUUGAAUGGUCUCCCACUGGUUGGUAAUGCUUUGGGUGGUCUUCUGGGUGGUGGUGGUGGUGGACAGCAACCAGCUCUUGGUGGAUCAGGUGGUGGCUUACUAGGAGGUCCUGGUGGUGGUUUACUUGGUGGCACUGGUGGCAUACUCGGUUCACUGCUAGGAUAA